AUGUAUAAAAUGGAUUACUCCUACCUGAACUCCUAUGACUCGUGCAUGGCUGCCAUGGAAGCAUCGGCCUACGCGGACUUCAGCUCGUGCAGCCAGGCCAGUUCGUUCCAGUACAACCCCAUCCGCAGCGGACCUUUCUCCAACCCGGCCUGCGCACCGCUCAGCACGGCUAGUUGCACCCUGGGGGCCCUGAGGGACCACCAGCCCACGCCGUACUCCUCAGUCCCUUACAAGUUCUUCUCGGAUCCUUCGGGCCUGAACGAGAAGCGGAAGCAAAGGCGCAUCCGGACCACAUUCACCAGUUCCCAGCUAAAGGAGCUGGAGAGGGUCUUCGCCGAGACUCACUAUCCGGACAUUUACACCCGAGAGGAGCUGGCUCUGAAGAUAGAUCUGACAGAGGCCAGAGUACAGGUGUGGUUUCAGAACAGGCGCGCCAAGUUCCGCAAGCAGGAGCGUGCCGCCAACGCCAAAGCCAACGGGGGCACAGGGGCCACCACGAGCACCACAGGCUCGGCGGGGAAGAAAGGCGGCGAAACGAGAUCUUCGUCGGACGACGAUGAGUCCAAAGAGUCCACUUGCAGCCCCACGCCCGACAGCACGGCCUCGCUUCCGGGCUCCGCCAAUGGGAACUUGGGCAGUCCCUCAAGCUUGAGCCCCAGCCCGGCUCCGACCAACGGCGGUUACGUCAACACCUCCGCCGGAUCUCCGGUCUUGCAGGGGCUGAAGGCGGCCAGCUGGUCCGGCCUGGGGCCGUCCAACCCGGCCGUGGCCCAGCCCGCCGUCCAGACUCAGGAGAUUCUGAAGGCCUGGCAGCCGGCGGACAGUAUGACGGGGCCUUUUGCUGGAGUCCUGUCCUCCUUCCACAGAAAACCCAACGGCGCCAUCAAGACGAACCUGUUCUGAAGCACACACGGAGACACAUUAAAGAACAGUUCCAUUCAUGGCUCAACUUUCAUCUAUCAUUUCAAAAUAUACAUUCCAUCAUGUACACGAUCAGUCUUUUACACACAGUAGUUUCACUCUUGAAGUGUGUAACUACACUGCCAGACCUUAUGAGAAUGGUGGUCAGGUCCCAGGUCUAAGCAGAAGUCCAAACAUUUAGCAACUUCCUGACAACACAGAGCUCCAGCACAAGGAAGAGGACCCCCUAAAUCCAAUUAGAAAGACCCUCGGUUCCUCCCUCUUUUACUGUAACAAGUCCAGACUGUGACCUCCCUCUGUGUGACCCCCGGUGCUUUCAGGCCCAACAUGCAUUGCCUCGCCAAACAGUAGCCACUUUGUUCACAAAGCAGAAAGGAGAAAAACUUGAGCCCACUUCACGUCCUUAUUUUGACUUGUUUGGAGGGUUCCCUAGCUCACUCAUGAAAAGAUCACGUCCUGUCCAUUUUUUGUGAAAAGUGUGAAAUACGGACAGCAAUAUACUGCCGCGACAGACUAGGGUUCUACUGUCUACACUCAAGAAAAAAA